UUCCAAAAACUUUUUUCUCAUCAUUAUUUCCUUGAUCUUACUUUAAUAGCUGUUCAAUCGCUCAGUUUAAACUGUUUUUGUUUAUUCGUCUUGUUAUUUUCCCUCAAAAUGCCUGAAAACAUUUACAGAAAUACAAAUUGCCAAAACAUCGAUAACGAUGUAGUCACUGGUUAUUUUGAGCAAGACGGUUACAAGAUUCAUUAUGAAAAGGUUGGUCAUGGAGAUUGUGUUGUGUUCAUGGCUCCAGGAGGUUGUGGUAAUGCAAGAGCUGAUUUAGGUCCGAUAUUCGAUGGCUUUGAUAGAAACAAAUUCACCCUGGUUGGCUGGGAUUCACCAGGUUUCGGGUUGAGUCGACCUUUCCGUGAUUAUAAGCGACAUGAAGAAAACUUUUACCAAUAUGACGCUGAAACUGCUGUCAACUUGAUGCAGUAUUUAGGUUACGAUAGUUUCUCUAUGAUGGGUUGGAGUGAAGGCAGCAGAACAGCUUUAAUGGCCGCAAUUUUAUUUCCUGCUAAAAUUGACAAGGUUGUUGUUUGGGCAUCCCUUGCCAUGAUGACUGAAAAGUUCAAAGACUCGUGGUUGAGGCUUAUCAACACUUCUGCUUGGUCAGAAAAAAGAAUGAAAAAAUAUCUAAAAUUAUAUGGAAAUCGAGAGACCAUUGAUAAGGUUUGGUAUCGUCAAACUGAAACAUUUAUUACAAAAUCUAACCUCACUUCGGACAGGUUAAAUCAAAUACAAUGUCCAGUCUUUGUUUUAAAUGGAUCUAAAGAUGUCAUGGUUCCAGUGGAGUUUUUUAACCAGUUAGUAGCCAAUAUUCCUGAUGUUGAAUCACAUCUAUUUCCUGAUGGUGGACAUGAUAUUCAUUUUACACACUCGGAAAAGUUCAAUGGAAAGGUUCAAAGAUUUCUUUUGAAUUAACUUGAAAUAUGAUGAGUAUCAUAUUCAUAACAUUUAGCCAAAUAUUUUGCCAUUUUUUAUUAUAAUUUCAAACAUUUAAGCAGUAUGCAAAAACAUGAAUUUUAACAUGUCUCCAUGAUCUAACUUAUUUUUAUCAAGAACAAUUUUACUUUAAUAAAGAAAAAAUUUAAAUAUCAAUUAA